CUUUGAUGAUUAGUAUUUGGGUUCGCGAAUAGAGCCACUUUUCUCUUGUCAAAUCUUUAUUUUUAUGCGAAAACGCAUAUUUAUUCAGUGUAUUUUUAUCAAAUUUGAAGUAAAUGGAGUCUUAACAUUUGCCGUAGCUUUGUUGAUUUGCCAAAAUAUAAAUUAAGGGUGCGGUCAUAUAAAAUUAAAUUAUGGGACAAAAACGGAAAAGGCAAAUGAUUAGAGGUUAAUCAAUCAUAACAAUUUUGUUACGUUGUUUCGUAGAUAAGUUUCAUCAAGAAAAAUAUAUUUACGGAACGAAAUGGAAUAACUUCAAUAAUAUAUUAUAUAGAUUCGUCUGCGUAUAACAAUAAGUUUUUUUAUAACAGAUGAAAUAAAUACUGGACGAAGAUUUGACAGCAACGAUUAAAAAUAUAUCUGCUCUUUAUGUUUUUCAUCUACCUUUGAAAGGAAAAAGAAGAUUACAGAAAGUUUUACGGAGAGAAGUCAAUGUAUGUUUGAAAUGUACGAUCUAUAUAGAGGUAUACGAUUGAACAUAAAUACUUUAUAAUCGCUUGUCAAUCCAGAUGAUUAAAAGUUCAAGAAAGAAGUGGCAUACUAACAUAUUUGAUUAUGGCAUCGGCAAUCGAAAUUUUGGGAAAACAAGCAAUGAAAACAUUUUGUGAUCGCCGGUUUUGUCAAAAAAACUUAGACAAAUUGUUGAAUCUAAUAAAUAAGAUAACAGCUGAGGAUGUAAAACUCGAUAAAAAUAUUCUUGAUUACGUCAAUAGGCAGCCGGCACCUAUGUGUGUGAUGGAUAUAUUCGAGAACAAGGACAUAACAAUUGCGAUUUUCAUAUUAAAACAUGGAGUCAAGUUGCCUAUGCAUGAUCAUCCUGAAAUGCAUGGUUUGUUAAAGGUUAUCAGUGGUAUGGUAGAAUUAAGCAGCUACAGUUUGAAGACAAAGAGUAAUCAUGUGAUUAAAACCAAGGAGGAGAUUGUGGCAGUUAAGCAUCGGCCUAUCCGUCUUCAUAGCAAUUCGCCUGCUUGCAUUUUUACACCAACAGAAAAAAAUCUUCAUGAAAUUUCAUGCGUGGAAGGACCUGCAGCUUUCCUAGACAUACUCAGCCCACCAUACGACGUCGAUGAGUUUGGCAAAGGAACAAGACCGUGUACAUUCUUCAAGACAGUCAAGUCUAAGUUAUAUACAGAAUCGAUAGAUAUAAUCGAAGAAGUGCAAUUAUCAGUUGUAGAAAAUCUGCCAGACUUUUACUCUUCGAGUCUAGACUAUAUGGGGCCUCCCUUACGAAAUUAAAUGUAAUUUUAAAAUAUUUUUCAAAUCCCAAUUUGUGUGUGAAUUUUGCAUUUGCAAUGCAUAAUCAUAUAAUAUAUAGAUUUUCACCUAAUCUUUAUGACAUACUAUGUAUAAAUGUAUUCAAGAUUUAAGUUUUAUAUAUUGGCAGAUACAAUUAAACGUCCAUAUUGUGAACUCGUGGAGAUUAUUGACU